AUGAAGCUUGAUGAGUUGAGAAAUAAUGGUUGGGAUGAUUUUAUCAAAAGUGUGAUAUCAUUUUGUGAACAACAUGACAUUAGUGUACCUGAUAUGAGUGCUCGUCAUAAAAUGGGUACAGAUUUUCAGUUGGUAGAGUUAAAUACUAGAUUUCCAGAGCAAACUGUGAAACUUCUUUAUCUUACCUCAACAUUGGAUCCCUGCGAUUCAUUUAAUUGGUUUAACAUUGGUGAUAUAUGCAAUCUUGCUGGGAAGUUUUAUCCUCAAGAUUUUACUAUCACUGAGUUGCAGGUUUUACAUCAACAGUUGGGAUUUUAUAAGACUGAUAUGGAUCGUCUUCCAGCAUUCAAGAAUCUUGAUUCUAUUCCUGAAUUACUUAAGUACUUACUUGAAACAGGCAACAACAGAACGUGCAUUUUCUUCUAUGAGACUCAUCAAAAAUCGACUUCGGAACAAGAUAGAGAAUGA